ACCGUAAGCUUUGUACAUUGUAUCAGCCGUGUGAUUCAAACGUGCGCGCCGUUUCAGCGACGACAAUUUCCCAGUAUUUUUAUCUGGCAAAGUACUCGGAGGCAAUUUUGCAAUUACCUCCGGUCUUGGUAAUUCAAACACGGUGUUAAUUUCGAAAAUUUCGGAAAAUUUUCGAUAUGUGUCGGAAUGGUGUUACGAUUUUGCGUGGAAUCGGGCAUUUUGUGUCAUCAUUUUGAUCAAAUUCGACGGUGAUAUCCAAGUGCAUCCUGUGAAAAAAAAAUUUUACCGCCUUGCUUGGCAGAAAGCUAGAUAUGCACUCAAAACAUCGGUUUCAUUUCAGCCCUCAUUUUUUCGUUCAAAUGAGCGGGUGACGAGUUGUCGGACCGAUGACGGGGCGGGGUCAAAGUCCGAUGGAGCUCGGCUAACUCGCCCCGCUCAGCACGGCCCCACCCCCGCCCCUAACACCAUGGAUCAGUCGGAGCGCGGACAUAGGCCUCUUGCUUUCGAUAAAAUGGAGGGGCUGGUGCAAGAGAUGCAAGAUCCAGAUACAGGGGUUCCUGUUAGAAGCCAAAAACAAUUUCUUACUUCUAUACCUUCUGCUUUUACUGGUUAUGAUGUAAUCGAAUGGUUAAUGGAUCGCUUGAAUGUUGAUGAUCCUGUGGAAGCUGUCAACAUAGCAAAUCAGUUAUGUCAUUAUGGUUACUUUUUUCCAGUUAGCGAUUCUAAAAAUUUAGUUGUCAAAGAUGAUGGUUCUUUAUACCGCUUUCAGAUUCCUUACUAUUGGCCUUGUCAAAAUAGAAGCCCUGAUAAUGUUGAAUAUGCUAUUUAUCUUGCAAAAAGAAGUUUGAGAAAUAAACAAAGACAUGGACUCGAAGAUUAUGAAUUGGAAUCAUUGAACAGUUUGAAGAAAAAUUUAGCGAAUAAAUGGGAUUUUAUCACAAUUCAAGCCGAAGAACAAGUAAGGCUAUCGAAAGAUCGAAAAAAGGGAGAAAAAAUAGUCAGCGACAGUCAAGAAAGAGCGUUUUGGAGGGUUCACCGUCCACCACCGGGCUACUCUAGCAGUUUGGAACCUUUGCCGUUGAGGGCGGGAGGCUCUGCGAGUACUAGAAAAAGAAGAAGCUCUCAAGAUAUCAAAAAAGAGAUUGAAUUUUUGAAGAAUUGUGUCGAUAGAACGCGAACUAAAGUAUCGGUGGCGUUGGAAAGUUUGUUGCAAUUUUCCGAAACCUUUGCCGAAUAUGACCCCAUGAUAACCUCUCCUCAUCCAUCAAAUCCGUGGGUUACAGAUGAUGUUACAUUUUGGCAACUUAAUAGUUCGUUAGUGGAAAUACCUACUGAGAAAAGAGUUAGACGAUGGGCUUUAUCCAUGGAAGAACUUGUAACCGAUGCAACAGGAUUACAAGAAUUCACCAGUUAUUUGAGGAAAGAAUAUAGUCAUGAAAAUAUCAGAUUUUGGAUGGCUGCGAAUGAUUUACGAAGAAGUAGCCAAUCACAAAUUGCUCGGAAAGUGAAACAGAUCUACGACGAAUUUUUAGCUCCAGGAGCACCCUGUGAAAUAAAUAUUGAUGGAAAGACUAUGGAAAAAACGCAAAUGGAAAUGAAGAGUCCUAGCAGGUUUACUUUUGACUCAGCUGCUGAACACGUUUAUACUCUACUUUUGAAAAAAGACUGUUAUCCUCGAUUUAUUCGUUCCGAGCACUAUAAAAAUUUACUCGCCAGUGCACUGCAGCCAACGGGAAAGAAAAAAUUUGAUUUCUUCGGUUUCGCUGGAGUUCAAACUAAGACUAAAAAUCCUCCUACGAAUAAGCCUUCGUCUUCUUGCGGCCUACAAACACAACAAAAUCAUCCUUCUUCUAGCGGUACAACUAUAAAUAUAUCAAAGCGUCGAGGAAGCGACCGAAGUCUUUCUGGAUCGACUCACGAAUUAUCUGUUCCUAAUAAAGUGAUACAUUCUCACAGCCAGUCAAAUAUCACUGAUUUAACGAGCAGAGAACUGAACGAUGUAUUGGAGAAAACUGGAGACGAAGUAUGUCCGUGGGAUUUCCCCGAACCUCCGGAACGACAUCGUCUACAGCCGUCUCCUUCAAUCGCCGAAGAUCCUUUGACCGGAGAACACGCUCACGCUCCAUUAUCGGCAUCUCGUAAAAACUCAACGUUAUUCGAUUCGAGUUCAUCCUCAGAUGUGAGCAUGUCGGUUGUCGCCGAAGUGACUGAACGUUUGAAGAAAACCUGCGGCCUACACGAAACAAUUAGUCGUUUUGGCAGACGUUCGUCGUCUGCAGCUAAUUCGAAACAAGCUGAUAGUACCAGACCAUCGGUAUCGUCUACCGAAGAUUUGACUACUACGCCAUUCCGGUCUUUCGAUUCGAAUCCACCGGGGACUAGUGAUAAAGAAUCAGCUCCUGCCGAAGAGAGCACUCCACCUGCGACUACUUCAUCGCGUAGAAAAUCCAUCACCGCGUUAAUUGGUCGAAAGCAAUCUACUAGCAAUAUAACGCCAUUGAUUAGUGUCAGUUCCGUAUCCGAACAAAGCGAAGAAAAACCAAGUUCUUCGGAACCUAGCGCGGAGCAAACGAGUAAAAUCAAAGAAUCGAGGAAAGCCAGUUCCAGCAAACCUACCGCCAGUUUAAAAAAGGCUGAGUCGAUGGAAGUGAAGAUGGAAAAGUCAGCUUGUACGGCCACUGCUUCCACUAGCAGAGAUUUAAAGACUGAAACCGAUAAAGAAAAAAGCGACACAGCUGGCACUCCGAACGAAGUAUGCCCCUGGGAAGACGAAGAGAAUUGCAAAGUUAAAGCUUCAAAUUAUAUGAAGUUUUAUGAAACUUUAGGUUACCUCUGAGGAAUGGAGUCUUUCUUGUGAUUUUUUAUUCAUAUUUUGAAAAAUUUUCACAAAAAUUGUCUUGUUUUAAUUCCGUUCUUUUUAAAAGGUUAUUAUAAAUAUUGAAUCAUUAAAAAUGAUUAUCUAACUAUUAUUAUGUAUUACUUUUCGUGCAUUUUUUUCGUUUUUAUUUUGUUCGUUUUGUUUUAUUUUCAUUCGAUAAAAUCGGAAUUUAGAUAAUUAUUAAUAUAAAUACUUACCUGAAGAAGGAAAAUAAAAUUUUAAAGUAUACCUUAAUUAACGAUGUUUUGAGGGAAUUUUUGAAAUACUUAUACCCGUGUUUGCAGUUAUAUUUUUAUUAAAAUAUUUUUUCAUCAUGUUUAAUAGCGCGUCAAAGUAUUGCCUAGCUACUUCGCUAUAAUACCCUUUUACUAAUUCAUUCAUUAUUUUUUUUUAUUAUUACUUUGUUUUAAAUGAAGUCAAUUUGAAAAUCAAAAAGCUGUUAUCUCUGAAAUAAGACUUAUGUUAUGUAAGAAAAGUUUGUUUUGUUUAUUUAUAAUUUUUUUUUAAAACCAUAAUGGACGAUACUUGCAUUGAAAUUCGGUUAUUCGUGUACUUUUACCUACUAUCUAAUUGUUAUCGGCAACAUUAUUAUGAUUGAUUGUAGAUUAAGGAUUGAUCGCUUUCGAAGCAGUAACGGAUUGAUAUAACUGCUGGAAAAUGAAAGUUAGUAAAUAGUUACGCAAUGAAAAAUAAUAACAAUAUUUUUAAAAAUAUAAACAUUUUUAUGUGAUAUAAAAAUUUAGUGGAUUUUUAAAUUUUAAUGUUAAUUUGUAUGUAUAUUGUUGGUAAGUUUAAUGCAAAGCGAAAAAAAUUUAUCUCGUUUAUGUAAUUCGCGUUUUUUUUUUUUUUUUUUUUUUUUUCGCUGAAUGAGUGAUGCAAACCUUUGAAAAAGGUUCUCGAACGUGUAAACCCCGUGAUUACUCGUACUUUUGGAAAGUUGGAAAUCAAGAGUUGAUCGAAUCGAUGUUUGAAAAGUUUCCCCAUUUGUUAUGAUUUUAUUGAUUAAUCUUGUAUAAAUAUUUUAUAUAAUGCUGUAUUUAUGUUUAUACGCGUUUAAUUAAUUACCGUUUUCCACAUACUUAGAUAGGUAUAUCUAUAAUAACUGCGUAUACGUUCGGUAAAUUUUCGUAGAGAAUAAAUUUUAGAAAAGAUGGAAAUUAUGAAAAAAAAAAUGACGCUGGUAAAAACGGGAGUAAAGUUACAAAAUUACCUACAUUAUUCUACCUAUAAUAUGAUAGGUACGAAAAAUAAAGAAAAGGAUGAUUUGCAAUAGAUCAUCGUCCUUUUUUCUGAAUAUAGGUAUGAAGUAAAUCGCACAAAAUUUGAUUUCACUUUUGCAUUUACAUUUCUUCCGGAUGAAAACGUGCAGAAAUUUUGUUUUUUUACUCGAAUCGCGAAUAAUCACUGUACUUACCUUGUUACGUUUUUGUUGACUUACUUUCUUAAAUGUUGAAAAUUAAUAUAAAAUACCUAUUUUAAUUGGCAGAGUGACGCAGGACGCAGCAGAUAAAAAAAUUUAAAGAAGUUAUUUAAAAGUACAUACGAUAACUUGUCAACAAAACUUCUACGCAUUUACUAGUAUUUAAUUAAAAUCAAACUAAUUUUGAAGCAUUCCAUAUUCUAUCAAAUACAUACAUAUAACGUGAUAAA